GUACUCCAGCACGGGGCCUGCCUCGGCAUCGGCACAGAGCUCAGCAAUGGAGCGCUCAAUGAACCGACUUGGGUCCAGUGCGAGGUUCCAGAGCUUCUGUUGCGGCGACUUCCUUCUGUGGCAACAUACAUCAUGAUGAUCAGGAAGAAGAUGGUGGAGACGAUGACCGUGGCGAUGAGAGCAAGCAGCCACGUAGACUACAAACGUCUUUUGUGUAUGGCGACUGCGGACGAAAGUAUCUACGAUGAGCUGACCCAGACGUACACGGACACUGCUGUCGCGGGUGAGGCAGUCGGUUCUGCGUCGCAGAAAGCAAUCGACGAGCUUUGCCCUUAUGGCGUAUGGGCACUUGCUUUGAUUUCAGGUUCUUACGUUCUAGGCCUAUCCGCUGCGUCCGAGCCCAUGGAGCUGGGGAGGCGGCGGACCUUCGUAAACUUCCUAGUGGUGUUCCUCUUCGCUGCUCCACCCGCAGCUGCACUGCGACCUGGGAAUGGACAGCCCUGCGCAGAUUCGGCUGUGAAGGGCCUCUCAGAGGCAGAUGCUGCAAAGCGCUUCUUCAUGCUGGCCGAGCUGGUGGAUGUCUCCGGUGUCACUUGCCUCGACAGGCUGCGGAAUCUCCAAGCUUCCACGGACAGCCAGGGCUUCAUGCCUGACGGGGCCUGGACCAGCUGCCUGAAGAAGGCCGUGGACUACGAGGUAUGGAACAAGGACUGGAUACGCCAGGCCCGGUUUCAUCGAAGCAGCAAGCCGGGAGAGGAGAUUCAGGGGCCUGCAGGCUCGAUCCUGACUGGUCUAGGGUUCCAUGGUUUUUUGGGGGCUUCGGAAAGGUUUAGGGUUUAA